AUGGAAGUUGAGAUUUUGUCUCAGGUGAAGCAGCAGCAACAGAAGAAGAAGAAGAAAAUCAGCAAGUGGAGGUGCGUGGUGUGCAACCAAAUGCAGUCUGUUUGCAAAGUGUUCGUGCAGGGAUUUGUUGCCAAGGACCUCCGCGGCUUCGUCCAGUCCUUCAACAUGUCCUGCGCCAUUACCGAACCACCCCCACUUCCACUUCCACAAUUCCAAGAAGAAGAAGAAGAAGAAGAGGAUAUUGUCCAUGACGAUCACGUUCAUAAUAACAAGAGACGAAGCGAUUGGAGUCAAUUCCUUGAUCCUGUGGAAGUGGAAGAGCAGCAGGUUGAGGAAGAAAGUGAUUUUGAGCCUAAGAUUAAAUUCCACUGCCAAAAAUGUCAUCUCCCCAAGUAA